AUGGAAGAUAAUCAUCCUCUAAGCAAACGACGUCGCCUGAACGCGGCAGUCGCUCUCUCUCGGCCGUUCAAGUCCCCGCUGCGCAAGCCCGAGCCUAUUGAAGAUGCGUCUCAAGUAUCACCUCGCACACCCGAUGCAAGCGGAACGGUCCAAUAUGAGGCCUGUAAAUCCGAAGCUUUUACUCCAGGCCCUGAACUGACCGCAUCAUCGCCAACAUCGUCACAAGGCAUGCGGCCAGUGCGACCUACAAAUCGCUCUGCACUGACCACGCCAGCGCAGUCGCCUCUUGCAGACCCCGAGCUCUUACGUUUGCAGAAACAGGAGCGCAUUCUACAGACUCGGAUUGCAGCUCUACGUGAAGAGCUCAACGUCGCAAAACAAGCACUCCGCAUUGAGUCAUCAAGCAAAGAUAGCGAGCUUGAGGGGUUGAUCACGAAAUGGCGUCAUGCCAGUCAGGAGGCCGCUGACGAGGUGUUCGCUGGUGCCCAGGAACGUGUCACCCGAAUGGGUGGCCUGACAGCGUGGAGAGAGCGCUCGAAACGUGAUGCAUUUCAGUGGGACUUUGAGGAGGAAGAAAAAGAACAUGCGAAUGAGUACGGGCAUACUACGAAUUGGGGUCUGGGCGAUGUCUUUGCGGGGGAGAAGAAUAGCUCAAAAGCGCAGGAGGAGGAGUCUCAUGAUGAGGAAUUUACUAUCGAAUUCAUGCUGAAGACGCUGAAUAUUGAUCUCAAGAUCAUCGGUUAUGAUUCGGCAAUGGGGAAGUGGAUCCGAGGUUGA